AUAAUAAAAAUGGAACGUCUACUAACUUGCACUAACCAAACAAUCAAUUUAUAGAACUUGGGGAAUCUGUAGCACAAUUAUAUAUUUCAAGAGUGCUGCUCAAUCGAGUAGUAUACUUCGAAACCAUCUUCCUUCCCCACUGAGUCCUGACCAAAUUACGUUCUUCCUUUUGCAACAAUGGAAUAUACAACCAUCCUUUCAUGUCCUCGGUGCAGCAAAACAGUAAGAGUGAAAAAAAAGAGCAGAUCAAUUUACUGCUCAACAUGCAAAAGUUUGGUUUCUCUUCCAGAUGAUUGUGAACAGCAGCUGAUCCAAGCGCCGAGGCCACAACAGCAGCAGCAGCGUCGGCACCAUAUUAGAUGUUCAGUUGCCCAUUUGAUAAACAAGACGCAGGGAAUUUCAAUCUCAAGAGAUUAUAGUAGUACUUCUGCUGAAUCCUUAAAUUUUCCAGUGGAGUUUCCUCUUGGGAGACGAUCGAAAAAGCGUGCGGUGCUCUGUGGAGUGAGUUAUAAGAACUGGAAAUACAAUCUUAAGGGAACGGUGAAUGAUGUGAAGAACAUAAGGGAUUUGUUGAUGAGUAAAUAUGGUUACCCCAAGGAAUAUAUUCGUGUACUUACAGAAGAGGAACCAGACCCACGAUAUAUUCCAGCGAAGGCAAACAUACUGAGUUCCUUGAUAUGGCUGGUGGGUGACAACAAGCCAGGAGACUCACUGGUCUUCUUCUACUCUGGACAUGGUUUGCAGCAACCUGAUUUUGAGAAUGAUGAACACGAUGGAUUAGACGAAACUAUCUGUCCAUCUGAUUUCUGGAAAGAAGGCAUGAUUGUGGACAAUGAUCUUAAUUCAAUCUUGGUUUAUCCACUAAAAAAUGAUGUAAAACUCCAUGCCAUUUUUGAUUCUUGUCAUAGUGGAACUAUUCUAGACCUACCACAUAUGUACGACAGAAAAAAAAAAAGGUGGAUAGAUAACAAGCCUCCUUCAGGUGAUUACAAAGGUACAGUUGGUGGAUUGGCUAUCACCAUCAGUGCUUGUACAGAUGGUGAAAAGGCUUCCGAUUCCACAGCUUUUACUGGAAAAAUGAAUGGUGCUUUAACCUACCCCUUGGUAGAUCUUCUAAAGAAAUUUCCCGGUCCAACGUAUGGAGACCUGUUUGAUUUAAUGGAAGAUACCUUCUACAAAGUUAAUUACCAAGGAGGCAAUAUCUUGAAGAAAAUGUUCAGUAGCAAAUUAUCACAGACACCAUUACUUUCAUCUUCUGAAGAGUUUGAUCCGUAUAAAAUACACAUAGAACUAUAACCAAAGCUAGCGGGCAGAAGGUUAUCUUUAAAAUAAAGUCUGUCUUGUGCAUCUCCAGAUUUUAUUUGAAGUUUGUUAGCACAAAUGCAGUAAAGUAAUAAAUAAUUUUUUUAUCA